CUUCCUACGUGGGGAAAAACCCAGAAUUUUCAGGGCAGUUUCUCUCAUUGAAGUGAAACAGACCAAAGAGAUACGACACAGAAAUCCUCAUAGUUUCCCUACCAAAAAACUUGAAAGGAGGAAGGAAGAGUUUUGACUGGUGUUCUAUCCUCGGGAAGCAGCAGUGCACAUUUUUCCUUGUGAUGAAGAGAGACGCUAAAACAUGACUGCUCGUACCUACCAAAACCUCUUUCUGAUGUCUGUCCCUUUAAGUGCCCAUCUGUUCUCAAGUGCCUGCUGCCAACACCCCCUCUGCCAUGUGGCUAGAGACACGCUGGAAGAACAUCCGCCAAACCUUGCUGCUUCUGUUCACCGCUGCUCUGCUCAUCGGGGUCACCAUGCUGGCCAUCUCCUCUAACAUCAACCCAGUAGGCUACUUCUUCCUCGGGGUAGGGGGAGUGUGCCUCGUUGGCUAUUUGCUGAGUGUGUUUGUCGAGUGUUACCUGAGGAAUCAGCACCGGCAUGACGCAAACGAAGUGCCUCCAAGCAGGCAGAGCCACGCAGGGGUGAAUGCUGCCUAUGAAGCACCCACCUAUGAGGAGGUGAUGACCAUGUCAGCUCCGCCAAUAUGGACAACUACAUCCAACCCAGGCUCCGUGCCCUCGCCGCUGAGCGAGCCUCCCCCCUACAGCGUCGUUAUUGAAUCCUCUGCCCAGCAAGAGAUGAUGGUGGAGGCUCUCUGGGGGCCAGUGCCAGCAGGCACAAUGCACACCUCUGAGGCAGACACAGGCUCCAGGACGCAGCUGCAGCUGGUGCUGCCCCCAAGACUGCAGCGGUUUGUUUCGGACAUCCAUGAGGAGAAAGAUGUUGAAGAGAGGUUUGAACCACUGGAGCCACUCACUCCCCCACCUGCUUACGACACUGCCAUCAGUGAUGAGGUGUUUGAAGAUGCUCACCAGCCCUCUGCGUUAGGACUGAUUUCACCUCCCACGAAUACAGAACCAAACCCUCACCCCAAUGCAGGAUGCUCCUAGAGGGAUGGUAAAAUGGCUGAUAACGUUUUGCCUAAACAUUUGUCUCACCAUUCUUUGAACCAGAAUUGAACUACAGCCACAGCUUCUGAUGUUACUAGAAUCUUCUUGCACAAAAUAGAAAUCAAUGCAAUACCACACUGCUUUGUCUCGGCAGAUACAUAAAACCACAGUGAGGAAAGUUGUGUUAUGUUCUCAAACUGGAGAUACACCUCUAUGGGAGAGGAGAAGUAAAUCCUGAGAAGAGACAAAGUUGCCAAAAGACCUCUGAAUAAGAACUGAAGGAUGCAGCCAGAAGAGCCUGCCUGGAAAAGGGGAGGAAUAGAAACAACACUAAGCAUGUUCUCUCUGUGCAUUGCAAACAGCAAUAUUGCUGCGUGCUGUGUGGGCAUCAGCCACCCCAAAAUUCCUACAGAGAGAACAAGCCAUCCUCUCCCCAUGUUGCUGUUUUGCAGCAACACAGAUUUAUGGUCUGAGCUGUUUUUUACU